CUUCGGUUUUUCCGUUUCCGGUUGUCAAAUCGUAAACAUCUCAGUUGUGUAGCUCCCGCUUAUUUCAUGUUUUAAAAAUACUUACGUACACUUUUAUAACGCAACAUUCCAAAUUACAUAAAGUGAAGUGCUGCGAGUGCAGUGGAAACAUUGAUUUCGCGUUCACUCUGGAUAUUGGAAGAUAUUUUGCAAACAAAACUUUGAAAGCAGCAAUGCAGUUACCGUUAACUUCGUGUUUAAAAUAAACUUCAUAUUCACUUUUGACAUUACAACCACUACAAAGUACAACGAGAAGAGCCGUGGGAACAUUGAUUCACGUACGUACUUGGUAAUAAAUUACAAUUUUUAUAAAAACAAAACAAAAAGGUUAGAAUCUUUGCAUGAAUCAUAAUAUUGACCAAGAAGAUUGGUGACAGUGACAACUAUUGAUUCUGACAGUAUCUCGGUGUUGCCAACCCAAGGAACCAUAGACUACCAAUCAAGUUUCACCACACCUCUACGAUCUCCAAAAAUGGAGGAUCAAUUUCAACUUUUAUUUAAUAAAAUGAAAAAUGAAAUGCAAAAACAAACUUUAGAACUAAAAGAAUCGAUAACUAACACAAUAAUGGAGAAAAUAGAGGAAAAAUUACAACCAAUCAUAGAACAAAAUAAAAACUUGAAAAUUAAAUUGGAAAACCUUGAGAAAGAGGUGGAAAGCUUGAAAAGAGGAAAGAAACAAAACAAUUUAAUUAUCUUUGGAGUCAAAGAAGGCGAAAAAUCUUCACAGGAACUGAUACAAAAGGUGAAACAAAUAUUCGAAACCGACUUGAACUUGAAUUUGGAAGAUUAUGAAGUAAAUAAAAUGUAUCAAAUCGGAAAGGACAAUUCGGGUGGUAAACCAAGGCCCAUUCUAUUUUCCUUCGUAAGUGAAUGGAAAAAGAAUGAGGUUAUGAAAAGGAAGAAAAACUUUAAAGAUGUACAUGUUGCAGAAGAUUACACCAAAGAAGUUUUAGAAAAAAGGAAAAUGCUGCAACCGCAACUGAUAGAGGAGAGGAAGAAAGGGAAUUUUGCAUAUUUAAAAUUCGACAAAUUAGUAAUAAAAGGAAAGAUAAAUAACACAAGUAACGACAAAAGAAAAAGAGAAAAUUCAACAUCGCCACAAAAUAAUAUUCAACCAAGGAAACAACAAACUAUAAAGACAUCAAAUACAAACAGAUUAAAUGCAUUCGAUUUAUUGAGGGCCCGAUCCAAUUCUCUUCCUUCCAAUACAACAGAUAAUAAGCAAUAA